UCCCGACUACCGAUUACCAAGUCGGACUAACAGUUAUUUUUCAUUCGAAUAAUCGGAUCACUAUAGAUUAUUUAUAUUUACUAAUAAAUGUAAAUAUGAGAUUGUGAUUAAUUGAAUUUUGUUGACUGUUGAAUUUAAAAGAAUCAUCUGUAAUAUCACCAUUCACCCUUGAACGUUAUUAUAAAGAAUAACGCAAUGCCUGCUUAUCACUCCAGUUUUGUGAACCCUCCCCAAGUGGUGGGUAACACAGCUAUACUACCUUUCAAAACAACAUUUAGAGGCCCCAUAAGUUCACCCUCUGGUCAAGAGCAAGAUAUCAUAGAUGAGUCAUUAUAUUUCUUCAAAGCCAAUGUUUUUUUCAGAACUUAUGAAAUAAAAUCUGAAGCUGACCGUCUUUUAAUUUAUAUUACUCUUUAUAUAACUGAAUGUUUGAAAAAGCUACAAAAAUGCAACAACAAAAAUCAAGCCCAAAACGAAAUGUACAGUCUAGCAAUUACAAGAUUUGAUAUACCCGGUGAGGCUGGAUUUCCCCUCAAUUCAGUAUAUUCCAAACCAUCAUCAGCGACUGAAGCUGACUUCAUGCGAAAUUAUUUAACACAACUUAGACAAGAAGUUGGUUUGAGGGUAUGUGAAAAGGUUUUCGGUGAAGAUGGAAAACCUAGCAAAUGGUGGCUAUGUUUUGCUAAGAAGAAGUUUAUGGAUAAGUCAUUGUCAGGUCCAGGACAAUAAAUAAUGAAAUACAUAAAUGAAUUUUAUGGAACAAUUUAUCCAGAUAUUAUUGACAACUUUUAUUAAACACAUAAAAUACUGAAUGAAUGAUUUAUAAAGGUAUUAUAAUUGAAUAUUUUUGUCAUGAAUUAUGCUCUGUUUAUUUAUUAUAAUUGCCAUAUUUUAUGAUUAAAUAGUCUGCUUUGAUUA